AAAAUCUGUAGCUAUAGGUAUAGAAGUCUCUUAAUAUAUAUUCAAGGACCUAAUGAUGCCCGGUGGUGGCUUAGAUGUCCUGUUUGGUCCGUUCUUGACGCUCAUGGCGCCUAUCCCCGGAUCCAACGACCCAAGAUCUCAACCCCAUCACGCAGGGAAGGAGAACGUUCAAUACCACGAACCUAGUAGUGAAUCCGAAGGCGGACACAGCGAUGACGAUUUCGCGCCAUCUACGAACACCAACAGGAUAACAUCGCUGAAGAUAGGGAUGAAAAACGUGAAUCAUGAUCCUGGUCGUCCUGCGGUCCGUAUUUUUACUAGCCGCGGAUAUGAUCUUUCUCGACCGGAUGUGAUUGAGGGGGCAAAUAUACUCCUUGCGAUGGGUGACUACUUGGAGUCCAAAGGACCAUUGCUCAAGGAUAUCGAAAAGAAGUAAUAAAGUUCAGUCCCCCCUCAUAGCUUC